UACCGGAAUACGAGCAACAUACACAAGAUUCCACCAUGGAUCUUGUGCUGAACGUUGCCGACUACUAUGUCCUGUCCCCGUAUGUGUACCCUUCAUCGUGGCCUGAGGAAGGGGCCCUGCGGCAGAUUCUCAGCCUGUUGGUGCUGACCAACCUCGGGGCUGCAGUCCUGUACCUGGGCCUGGGAGCCAUCAGCUACUUCUUCAUCUUUGACCACAAUCUAAUGAAACACCCACACUUCUUAGAGAAUCAGGUUCAGAGGGAGAUCAAAUAUGCGAUGACCUCUCUUCCCUGGAUCAGCCUCCCCACAGUGGCCUUGUUUUUCGCUGAAGUCAGAGGAUACAGCAAACUGUACGACAAUGUCCAUGAUUCUCCACUCGGUUGGCCGGGCCUCUUCCUGAGUAUGAUGUCGUUCCUGCUUUUCACUGACAUGUGCAUCUACUGGAUUCAUCGCUUCCUACAUCAUAAGCUUAUUUAUAAGCUGUUUCACAAACCACACCACAUUUGGAAGGUCCCCUCUCCCUUUGCGAGCCACGCCUUUCAUCCAGUAGACGGCUUCAUGCAGGGACUCCCAUACCACAUCUACCCCUUCCUCUUCCCCCUCCACAAGGUGCUCUACUUGGCCCUCUACGUUUUCGUCAACAUCUGGACCAUCUCGAUCCACGACGGUGACUAUCGGGUCCCCGGCGCUCUGACCAGUGCCAUCAACGGCUCGGCUCACCACACCGACCACCACCUCUUCUUCGAUUACAACUACGGCCAGUACUUCACCCUGUGGGACCGCCUGGGAGGCUCCUACAGGCACCCGUCAGCUCUGAUGGGGAAGGGUCCCCAUGAUCUGAUCCGGAAACUCCAAGCGGAGGGAAAGUUAGGAGACGGCAGAGUGAAGGCUCAAGGGCAAGUGAAUGGACAGGCUCAGAGAGGAGUCACAUGUAAGGAGGAGUAACAGCUGGGGGAGUUCAAUUGAAAUGCUGAAAGUGAUCAAUAUUUUUAUAAAGACAAUGUGCUACACCCAUACUCAGCUGGGAAACUAAUCGAAGCAUAAUUUGAGUUCCUGCAUUUGCCAAAUAAGCUGUUGUGAGAUUUUAAACACUAGCAGAUAAGAUGGGAUCAACCCAGUCUUCAGAAUGAAAUGUUGGCAUUUUAUGUUUCUGCAAACCACGGAUAUAUUGAAUCUCAAAGUUUCUAAACUAAAAUUAGUUUCAUAUCAAUGUUUCUACAUUAGUGCAUAUUAAAGAUGCACCAAAACUGAUAUCUGAUAUUAGUCCAAUACUGUUUCAAAAAGCUGGAUCAUGUAUGGGUGACAGUAGGCUGAUGUGGUAUAGGAUACUAUUAUUUUAAUAAAUAACAAUU